AUGCUAAUAUAUGUAAAUUCGUGGAUAACCUAUACUUCAAGUACGAAGAAGCGGCCAUUUGCCGUUCCUAGCUUCAGUCAUAAGCAUCAGUAUGUACCCUUCAACGCCAAGCUUGGACAAAUCCCUCUAAUGCAAAUCCUAGUUCCCACAACUUCCUCUCUCGCAACAUAUUCUACUAGCUCCGGAGGCCCCUCUUACUCAGUCGGAAUAUCCUCAAGUAAUUCAAACAAUGUCUACUUCCAACUCGUAGCUCCUACUUCAUACCAAUGGGUCGCUCUAGGCAUUGGUUCUCAAAUGUCCGGAAGUACCAUCUUCGUGAUGUAUGCUGAUGGCACUGGAAACGUGACUCUCUCUCCUCGAAAAGGCACAGGACAUGUUGAACCUAAGUACGAUAGUAGUAUGACUAUUAAAUUACUUGCAGGAAGUGGCAUUUUAGACGGAAACAUGGUGGCCAAUGUCCUCUGCACAAGCUGCAGCUCUAAAUUAUCAUCCACAACAUCCACAUCGUCAAAUUGGAUAGCGGCGUGGAAUUCUGGCUCCGCACUCGAUUCUUCCGAUACCUCAAAAUCUAUAUCUCAACAUUCGGGUUCGAAUCAUCGCUCCUUUACAUUUGAUCUUUCCCAAGCCCAGCUAGAUUCUGAUUCGAAUCCCUUUUCCUCGACUUCUGCAGCUACAACUUCUUCUUCAUCUAGUGACGGCUCUUCUUCAACCUCAUCAAGCUCAUCUACAUCUAGCGGACCUUCUCGAAUCCAAUCAUACGAUAUGGCGCACGGAAUAAUCAUGGGAAUAACCGUAGUAUUACUCUUCCCUCUCGGAGCACUCUCCAUGCGAAUCUUCGGUAGACCCUGGCUUCACGCUAGUCUCCAAAUCAUCUCAUUUAUCUUCUUGAUCGCAGGUCUAGGAUUAGGAAUCAAACUUGCUGGAUUGAGAUAUGGAUCAUUCGGACCGAAUCUUGCUCGGCGUACUGUUAUUGAUGAAAUUACUAAGAGACAGUUUGGUGGGUUUGGAAGUGCUACUUUUACGGGUACUCCUCCUUGGGCUACUGCUACGGGUACGGAUACAAGUGGAUUUAAUAACCCGACAUCGACUUCUGAUUCUGGGUCUGGGUCUAGCUCGUCAGGUUCUGGUUCUGGUUCCGGGGCUUCAUCACAAGGCUCUGGAAACUCAGCGAUUACAAGCGCUUCCGUCACUCCAAAUCUCGGCACAAUUAAUGGAGAGAUUGCCUAUGGAGUUAUUGCGGCAUUUAUGGGAUUGUUUUAUAUUGGCGUGGUGGUUUUUACGGCCAUGAAAAAAAGGAGGAGAAAUAGAGAGUGGUCGAAAACUUUCUAG